GUCGACAAGCAUUCCAUGAAGCGAGCAAAUUCGCCGCCGCUGCCGCCUCCAGGCAGCGACCCGAAGCGACCAAAGGCGUACUCCUGCGACGAAGGCAAAGAUGACAUGAAGGAUCUGUCUAGUUUGUCCUUGGACGACGCCUACGGCGAUUGCGAAGACUAUGGAUACGUUGAUCAUGACUUGAUGCUCGCUCAGCAGUAUAAACCAAUGAUGCAUUCUCCAGAAGAAGGCUGGCCGGACGAUCGCGACGACAAUGACCCUCCCAAUGACGACGAUGCCUUGAUAGUGGGGCCAGACUACAUGACUGACGCCACUCUGUCGUACUCUGCAGUGUCUGCUUCCAUCGGUCGAAGCUCCCAAGACAUGGGAUGGCGAUUAAGUAGCGCAGGUGCCCUCAGCAAUCUCUCGAACAGACGUUUGAGCGUUGGUCCCGUGCAUAUAUCUGCGUCGAUCAGUCCAGACUACACGGAGAACACAAUGGUGGACUUUUCCACGCACUGCUCGGACGCAGAUGCCGACACGAUUCUGGACGUGGACUUAUCGACCGAGCUUUCUCCCGAGGCCGAAGCCAGCUUCCAUAACGUCGUGUACUACCUGCAAUUGCAUCCCAAACUAGUCAACCAACUCUCACGCCGGCAGCUCAACGCGUUCCGUGCUGCGGGGUUACUCCAGAUCGAGAUGAGUGCGCAACGCCGCUCCAUGACGAUCACGAGAGAGAUGCUGACGACCGGUCCCAUGAAGCACAUGUUCCCACAUUACAAGGCGUUCUUCAGUGCCAACCAUGUCACGUUUCGGUGGCAGGUGACGGCCAGCGGUGUGGACUUAACCAUGACCAACACAAGUCUCCACCCCAUCUUUGUUGGACUGCGGUCGCUUGCCUCCCAGGCAACGCAAGCACUCGCCAUCCAAGACGAGAUCCGCCUGCUCGUAUCUCCUGCAAAGUACCUUAUACUAGGGUACGUCGUGACCAACUACGCGAUCCCGCCGCCGCCGCAUCCACCCUGCCACAACGUCCUGGGCGUCCUGUUUGCGCACCCGAUCCUCGACUACAACAGCCUGGGCCUCUCCCUCAAUAACCGAGAAGUCCACACCAUGCACACUUCCAUGAGCACCCGGCUGGUCAAGUACCGGCAAAUCUCGGAACUGCGCGCGAACGAGACCGGGCUCCCUGUGACGUUCAUGCCGCAGCCAGUGGACCUCGCCGUCGAAUUCGCGUCAUGGGACGUUCUUCAGGAACUCGUGGCCGACGGAUGCCAGCUGCUGCACUUGGCCUGUGCGGCUACCGCAACGACGCUCAUUCUAGAAGACGGUCGAGGGGGCGCAUUCCCCGUCGACUUGGACAAACUCAAGCGGCUCUUUCAAGGGUCGGCCGUCCAAGUCGUCCAGUUGUCCGUGUAUCAGCACAACGGCCGCCCCACACCCCAUCAGCUCCUCUUGGACGCCGGAGUGCCGUAUGUUGUCGCGAUCGCGCCAGGAACGCGGAUGGUGGCGUCGUCACAGCUCCUGUGCUUCUCCACCCAUUUUUACCGCGCGCUGAUCAACGGCAAGUCGAUCGAGACGAGUUUCAACUUGGCUCAGUGCAGCACACGUCUACCGAUGGACACGUUUCGGCUGUACCCAAAGUCCAGCGCCCACCUCGGUGCGGAAGUGCUGUAUCCGUUCACAGACAACCCAGUAGCGUCGCCGACGUUCCGAUCCUCGCUGCGCAAAGACAGCUUGUCCAUGGCCGUGUGUAAGGAGUUUACGCACCGGCUAUACGAAGCCCAUGAUGUGAGCUGGCGAUGCCUCGAUGGAGCGCGUACAAUAAUUCGCGCAAUGCCGUGUAGAUUUGCUACCGCUUGAUGGACCCCGAUCACAAGACCCGCGUUAUUAACAUCCAUGGCCCUCCAGCCAUCGGUGUGACCUGGACUAUGCAGUGCUGUUGACGGCGAGUGCAUUUGAUGCUUCAAUCUAGGCAAAACGCAGCUGGCGCUAGCGGUGACACAAUAUGUGAGCUUUCGAGCGGUGUUUGACGGAGGAAUCCAAGUGCUCCAUGUGGAAGCGACCAUCGAGCGGAAGGGCUUCGACCAUGCUGUCGUGUGGUUGCAUCGGGCCUUCAUGGACAUCAAAAGCAAAAGCGGCCGUGCAAAGUCGUUCCUUGUUGUCCUCGACGGCCUCGAAGGGUUCCUCCACACACCGUACCAUACCGUCGUCGUGCUAGACUUCCUCCCGGCCAUCCUGAAGGAAAUGCCGAACGUGACGGUCAUCAUGACGUCGCUGCAGCCCAUUGCGUUCCCACAGCCGUCGAUCUUGCAAUUCCACGUCGCCCUCGACACAAAUCCCGGCGGGUUCGUCGCCUUGCAAUUCCAUGCCCUAUCGUCAGACUCAUCCUGGGACAACACCACGCGUCUACCAAACGAGAACUACGACAUGCCGCAUGUACCCUCCAGUCCGACCUAUUCCCCUGUCGCCGCCGCCGCCCCUGCCAAUUGCAGUGUCAUGUGACGGGAAAUGAAACUACCAUUUACCAUCA